AAUUUUCUUCAUUCUGUGGAGACAAACGUCGAGGAUGGCCACUCGAAGAGCAAACUAUCUAUUGUCGACGGCAACUUUACCGAUCAGGUUUUGUUCAAGAUCAUUUUCAUCAUCCCCGCUCAGACUGAACAUGGCGAAUGAAGUCUUUAUCGUCAGUGCAACCCGCACACCCAUCGGUAGCUUUCAGGGAGCUCUGGCUUCCAUCCCUGCUCCUCGUCUGGGUGCUGCAGUGAUUCGUAGUGCUGUGGAACAGGCGGGUAUUGAGGGAACACAAGUAGGUGAGGUGUAUAUGGGAAAUGUUCUACAAGCUGGAUCGGGUCAGGCACCAGCUCGUCAGGCAACCCUGUUUGCAGAUCUGCCCAAGACCAUUCCCUGCACAACUGUCAACAAAGUGUGCGCGUCAGGAAUGAAGUCGAUCAUGCUGGCAAGCCAAGGUCUGAAGGCUGGUAGUCAGGAGAUCAUGGUUGCCGGUGGAAUGGAGAGUAUGUCGAACGUACCGUACUACUUGCCAAAAGCAAGAAGUGGAUUUGCCUAUGGUGAUCAGAAAGCAGUGGAUGGCAUUGUGUUUGAUGGCCUCACUGAUGUCUACAACCAGUUUCAUAUGGGCUGCUGUGCGGAGAACACUGCCAGGGUCCAUGGUUUUAGCCGUGAGGAACAGGAUGCGUACGCCAUUCAAUCCUACAAACGCAGCGCUGCAGCAACAGAGGCCCAGGUUUUCAAGAACGAAAUCACACCAGUAACGGUCUCGCCAGGCCGGGGAAAACCAGACAUUGUCGUCGCUGAAGACGAGGAGUUCCGCAAGGUGAAGUUUGAAAAGAUCCCCAGUCUUCGACCAGUGUUCCAAUCCAAAGAUGGUACUGUCACAGCUGCCAAUGCCAGCACACUCAACGACGGUGCUGCUGCUGUUGUCCUAAUGAGUGAUGCAGCUGUCUCCAGCACCGGCGCCAAGCCAUUGGCAAAGAUCCGUGGGUUCGCAGACGCCGCCAUGGAUCCCAUCGACUUUCCCAUUGCUCCAUCCGGUGCUGUCCCUAUUGCUCUCAAGAACGCUGGAGUCAGUGCUGAUGAUAUUGAAAUGUGGGAAAUCAACGAAGCCUUCAGCGUGGUCGCCCUUGCAAAUAUCAAGCUGCUCGGUGUUCCAGCAGAGAAAGUCAACAUCAAUGGCGGUGCUGUCUCACUCGGCCAUCCAAUCGGUAUGUCUGGUGCCAGGCUUGUUGUUCACCUGGCCCAUCAGCUGAAGAAGGGACAGCUGGGAUGUGCCAGCAUCUGCAAUGGUGGCGGUGGUGCAUCUGCAAUCGUCCUGGAGGGACUUUAGACUUUAGCUUAGAGUACUACUUGUAAUGACAUGACGCACACAAUCAUGUUUGUACUACUUGUAAUGACAGGACGCACACAAUCAUGUUUGUGUUGAUGUGCAUGACAUUGUGCACCUACUUCAAGUAAUUAUGACAAUUUUUUUUUAUAAAAAUAUUUCUCAAAACUGGCUCUUCCUGCCUGUGUUCCUGUUCUGUUGUCACUGCUCUGUACAUUUCCUUUGGAAGAACGUAGGUUGUUAGUUAUUCACCACAUAAAGCACUGGCGAUGGUAUGUUGCAAGCAUGUCCGCCUGCUGUUUGAUGAACUACACACAUUUGGUACUAAAAAGGUAUCUAAAUUAGUUAACUGACUGGGUGCUGCUGUGCAGCACCCAGUCAUUGGUUUGUAUACGCUGUGUACAGUUUUGUUGCUUUAGGCUUGCUACUUCGAAGUACUAGAUUUCAACGGUACUGUCACGGAUGGAUUUUCCUGUAACGUUAUGUACUAAGUCUUGUACUCAACCCUUUUUUGCUGUGCUCUGCUCUGAUCAUUGUGUUUUGAGUUAUUUCGCUGAACCUGUUGA